AUGCAAACUCUUAAAGAUAUAAAAAAAGAAUUGAAGUCUCAUAAGCAAAUAAAACAAAGGAGUAACUCACAGAUUAUUCAAAUUGUUGAUAACAUAAAAUCUCAAAUUCAUGAGCAAGAGGCUAUAAUUGUAACUUCGCAAAAUAAACAUCAUAGUGCAUUACAAGAUUGCCAAAGAAUUGAAGAUGAAAUGAGAGAGCUUAAUGAUAACCAUGAUUCAAAAAUAGAAGAUAUUAUGAGGAUGGUAUCCAAAGGGAAAACUGAAUUACCAGAAUUGAAUGCAUAUGUUAAAGAUAUGCAACAAAAAGUGCAAACUUUAAAAAUAGAAAUUAAGAAUGAAGCUGAUUCAAUGAGAACAGAAAUGACAACAAAUAAGGAAAUGUAUGAUAAUGCUUUAAUUGAGUUAGAGAAGGAAAGAGAAAAGUUAUCUGCUUUAGAUGAAGAACUUGGAGAACUUCAAAAUGCAUUUAAGGCCAAAACUAAUCAAUUAAACAACAUACAAUUGGAAAUUACAAACCUUAAUCAUGAAGUUGACAAAGUACUUCAAGAAAAGGGAAUGUCUCAACAAAUUGUUCAGCAAAUGGAAAGAGAAAAUGAUUGGAUUAUGCAUCAAAAGCAUCAUUUUGGUGAAGUAAAUUCUCUGUAUGAUUUUGAGAAUAAUAGUCCAAAUGAGUGUAAAAAAAUUACAAGAAAAACACAAUAG